UGCGGAUAUUAUUGGGCUCCCAAUGGAUCAAAACAUACGGAAUAAACAUUUCUUAUAUCAGAAACGCCCAGUAAUAUGACUAGACUCACUUGCCAACUCAUGUGACCCAGUUACGAAUACAUGAUUUUACUAAUCAGUAUUCUCAGUACAGACGCGAGAUGGCGCUGCAGGCUAAGAAUGUGAAUAAACCGAACUGCAGAGGUCGUGGGCUCCAUUAUUCAGCAAGACAGAAGCGAAAAGACAAGCAGAAAGGGAGAGUAGCAUUACCCGGGGCUGCGAUGGUGUCGGAGUCCCUUGGAAAAAGCUACACACCAGCAUAUACAUAGUCGUUGAGAGCAAUCAAUUUAGUGUCGUGGCUUCAGGAACGUGGAUUGUAGCCGAGCACAUCUGCAUCACUUGGAACGUGUGUUUCCGAAGAAACCAUGCUGAAAGCGGAGGAGACGGUUCAGUGGAGAGGGCAAGUGAUGCGUCUUUUUGUUUACUUGUGCUUGUCGGGGGUCUACUCGGAAACCGUUCGGUACUCGGUUUUGGAAGAAAUGGAGAGGGGGUCUUUUGUAGCUAAUGUGGCGAAGGAUCUGAGGCUGGAUAGCGGGGAUCUGUUCACCCGGAAUGCCAGGAUCGUUUCUGAGGGUGAGAAGGAGUAUUUUCAUCUUAAUCCCAAAACGGGGGAUUUGUUCAUAAAGGAGGAGCUCGACCGGGAGGGUAUAUGUGGCCAGAGUGAGCCCUGCAUUGUGUCUUUUCAAAUUCUAUUGGAGAACCCAUUGAAGUUUUAUCGAUCUGAAAUAUCAGUGGACGAUAUAAACGACCAUUCUCCAGUAUUCCCGGAGAAGAAAAUAGUUUUGAACAUCCUGGAAAAUAGUCCGGAGGGUACAGAAUUCCAAAUGGAAAGUGCACAGGAUUUGGAUGUGGGGAAUAACAGCCUCCAGGAGUACAGCAUCAGUCCUAACUCCUAUUUCCACAUUAAAACGCGCAGUCGCAAUGACGGCAGAAAACACCCGGAGCUGGUGCUGAAUAAAGUUCUGGAUCGAGAACAGCAGGCUGAGAUCCAUUUAACUAUCACGGCCCUGGAUGGGGGAUCUCCACCCAGGUCCGGGACUGCCGAGGUUCUCGUUAAUGUUUUGGAUAUUAAUGAUAACGCACCCGAGUUCACUCAGUCUCUGUAUGAGGUUCAGAUUCCCGAAAACAGUCCUGCGGGAUCACUAGUUUCCAUAGUCUCUGCUGCCGAUUUGGAUGCAGGAAGCAACGGGGAAAUUUCAUACGCCUUGUUCCUUGUCACCGAGGAAAUUCGCAGAACGUUUCAAAUUCAUCCAAUAUCGGGGGAAAUUCGAGUUCUACAACAAUUGGAUUUUGAGGCUAAACAGUCAUACGAGUUCGAUAUUCAGGCUAAAGAUGGCGGGCGUCUUUCUGGCAAAUCUACUGUUUUUGUCCAAGUCAUUGAUGUGAACGACAACCCCCCAGAACUCAUCAUGUCGUCAGUUACCAGCCCCAUCCCCGAAAAUCUGCCUGAGACAGUGGUGGCUGUCUUCAGCGUCAAGGACCGCGACUCUGGGGAAAACGGUAGAAUGGUUUGCUCCAUCCAGAACGAUCUGCCAUUUACCCUAAAACCCACUUUUAGGAACUUCUAUACCCUUGUAACAGACCGACUAUUAGACAGAGAAAGCCAGUCCGAAUACAACGUAACCAUCACCGUGGCGGAUUUGGGCUCCCCGAGUCUUCAAGUGGAGAAAAACAUAACGGUGCUGAUAUCCGAUGUCAACGACAACCCCCCGGUGUUUAAUCAAACAUCCUACACACUGUAUGUCAAGGAAAACAACAGCCCCGCCCUGCACAUCGGCAGGGUCCAGGCCAUGGACAGAGACUCAGGGCAGAAUGCCAGGGUAUCUUAUACCCUGCUGCUACCUGAGGACAGCAACCUUUCCCUAUCCUACUUCGUCUCCAUCAGCUCAGAAAAUGGCAAUAUUUACGCGCUGAGAUCCAUGGACUACGAAGACAUUCAGGAGCUCCAGUUUGCAGUGAGGGCGACAGAUGGCGGUUCCCCGGCCCUGAGCAGCCAGGUGAUGGUUCGGGUUGUGGUCCUGGAUGACAACGACAACAGUCCCUUCGUCCUGUACCCUCUGCAGAAUGGCACCGCCCCCUGCAAUGACCUGGUCCCCAGAUGGGCGGAGGCCGGCUACCUGGUGACCAAGGUGGUGGCGGUGGACGCGGACUCGGCUCAGAACUCUUGGCUUUCCUUCCAACUGCUCAAAGCCACGGACCCUGGACUCUUCAGCGUGUGGCCCCAUAACGGUGAAAUCCGAACCAUGAGGCUCAUCACCGACAAAGACCCUGUCAAACAGAAGCUUGUUGUCCUGGUGAAGGAUCACGGGGACCCGCCUCUGUCCACUACGGCCACUCUGUACGUGCUUCUAGUGGACGGCUUUUCGGACCCCUACAUUCGGCUCCCGGAACUGCGUAGGGAAAGUGAGCCGGAGGGCUCCCUCACGGUGUACCUGGUCAUUGCUCUGGCCUCCAUCACAUUCCUCUUCCUCUUCUCGGUGAUUGUCUUCAUCGUAAUGAGGCUGUGGAGCAGGAGGAGAGACCCAGCCGAAGCCGCCAACCUGGGCCCCGUUGGCCAUUUCCCGGGACAUUUGGUGGAUAUGAAUGGCACCGGGACCCUGUCUCACAAUUACCGCUAUGAGGUUUGUUUAACUACUGGAUCAGGUAACAGCGAGUUCCAGUUCCUCAAACCCGUCAUUCCCAGCCUCCAGGCUCAAUGCCCUGGAAUAGAUCUGUAGAUCUUUUCGUCCUCCAGACAGAAUCGAAACGAAUUUCCCCAAACAGGAUUUAUUAGGAAUGACAAUGUUGUUUUUUCAUAGGUAUUUCUCCCGAACGUCAUUCUGCAUAUCUUAUUGAAUAUCGUGACCCUUUUCUUAGUCUGAAUGAUUCACGGUUCCUCUUCAUGUUUGUAUAUUCUUCCACCUGUUGUUUUCUGUUUCAUUAAAUGAAAUUACUUUAA